AGCCGGAACCCGGGAGCGGGCGGGCUGGCGGAGCUGGACGUGCGGCGCUGCGGCGCUGGGAGCCGACCCUGAGCUCGCCCCGCGUGGGGAGAGCCGAGCUCAGGGGGCGUCAGAGCCGGAGGAGGAGGAGUGAAGUCAGGGCUGAGUGGGCGGAAGAGAGCCUGGGCAAAGACAUGGCCACUUAUCACCCAGAAGGACACAUGCAACUGCCCCGGGCUGAUGCCAUUCGUUCCCGACUCAUUGAUACUUUCUCUCUCCUUGAGCAUCUGCACGGCUUGAGCCAAGCUGUGCCACGGCACACUACUCGAGAGAUACUUGAUCCUUCCUGUCAGAAGAAAGUUAUGUUGGGAGAUCAACACCAGCUUGUGCGCUUUUCCAUAAAGCCUCGUCAUGUAGAACGGAUUACACAUGCCCAGAGACUGAUGAGCACCCUUCGAGUGCGCUGCAGCGAGAGGCCACCUCUUUCCUUGUGGGCUGGAUGGGUCCUUGAGUGUCCUCUCUUCAGAAACUUUAUCAUCUUCCUCAUUUUUCUGAAUACAAUUGUACUGAUGGUUGAAAUAGAAUUGCUCGAAUCCUCAAGUACCCAACUGUGGCCACUGAAGCUGACUCUGGAGGUGGCAGCUUGGUUCAUCUUGCUUGUUUUCAUCGUGGAGAUCCUUCUUAUGUGGCUAUCCAGCUUUUUCCUCUUCUGGAAGAAUGCCUGGAAUGUCUUUGACUUUGUUGUCACCAUAUUGUCCCUGAUUCCUGAGGUUGUGGUGCUGGUAGGGGUAACGAGCCAUUCCGUAUGGCUCCAGUUGCUGAGGAUCUGCCGGGUGCUAAGGUCUCUUAAACUCUUUGCACGAUUCCGUCAAGUUCGAGUCAUUAUUUUGGCCCUGGUCAGGGCCCUCAAGAGCAUGACCUCCUUCUUGAUGUUGCUGCUCAUCUUCUUCUACAUUUUUGCUGUGGCUGGUGUCUACUUCUUCGAGGAUUACACCCGUUCAACUCGCCAGGACCUGGAGUAUCACAUGUUCUUCUCGGACCUGCCGAAUUCCAUAGUGACAGUGUUCAUUCUCUUUACUAUGGAUCAUUGGUAUGCACUGCUUCAGGAUACCUGGAAGGUGCCUGAAGUCAGCCGUACCUUCAGCAGCAUCUAUGUCAUCCUCUGGUUGUUACUUGGUUCCAUUAUCUUUCGAAACAUCAUAGUAGCCAUGAUGGUGACUAACUUCCAGAAAAUCAGAAAUGAGCUGAACAAGGAGAUGGCACACCUGGAGGUUCAGCACAAAGCCGACGUAUUCAAGCGGCAGAUUCUCCGGAGGAGACAAAACCUAAUCCCUGAGGCACAGAGGUCAAGCGCUAGCAAAAUAGAUGCCAGAAAUGCCAAUCAACAAGGGGAACCUUUGGACUUAACAGAAGCUUCUAAAGAAGAGUCCAAACGCAGUGCCACUAAAGAGAGUUCAAGACCAUCUAAGUCAAAAACAAAGAAGUCCUUGUCAAAAAUGAAGAAGUCUGCAUCUUCCUCUUCCUCCUCGUCUUCAUCUUCCUACUGUUCCUCUUCUUCUGGCUCCAGAUAUUAUGACCCUAUUGGUCAGUUGGACUGGGAGACUCAUGUGCACCAGAAUCUGCCUGGGCUAAUGGAUAUGGAUCAGGAUGAACGUGUUAUUUGGCCUAGGGAUUCACUCUUCCGAUAUUUUGAGUUGCUAGAAAAGCUGCAGUAUAACCUAGAGGAGCGUAAGCGGUUGCAAGAGUUUGCAGUGCAGGCGCUGAUGAAUUUUGAAGACAAGUAAAGCUGACAGCGGAUGGCUUCACUAUCUUUGGCAAAAAUUAAUGAAGGGAAGUGUUGGAAAUGGAGAAUUCCCAGUAUAAAUGUCUAAUAAAUCCUGCUGAUAAUUAUACAGUGGUCUGUCUCUGAGACAUAGGGGAUACUGAAAGAUAUAAGAUCAGGUGGAAGUUAGUUCAGAUGCCAGUGAGGCCCAUGGUCCUUGGCUUUCUACCCUUUCCACAGCUCCUCUCGCUCUUUCUUUGGCUUUAUCACUAUA